CCCCACCUCCACCCCUGAACAGGCCAAGCGACUUUACUGUUUCAUUUUUUGUCAAAAGUUAAAAAAAAAACAACAACAAUUGAAUUACUACGUGACUGUAUCAUUACUGAUAAACAAGAAGAAGAAGAAGUAAGUAACUCUAUAUUCAUUGCAACACUAUAAAUAAUAAGUAACUUACAAGUACUAACUGUCUACUUAUACUGUUUUAAUAAAUGUGUUGAGGUGAGAUGUUAAUUAUUUGGUUGACACAAGUAGCUAUAGAGAGAUGCUGUACACUGAGGGUUUUCUCAAUAUUCAGGAUAUUGUUAUGAAAGUAAUUUGAUUUUAUUCUGUGUUGUGCGACCUUCUACAGCAGUCCCACGUGUCUCCCUCCUGCAGUUGGUGGUGAACUUACACCAGCUGAGUCAGGGAGGAUGAGUGAGUCAACACCGUGUGAGCCACGAUGCUGGGGCGCCAUAAUCCGACAGGUCGCAUGCGCCUUGGUGGUGUCGUCUACGAUGCUACACGUCGGCUUGGUAAUGGGAUGGCCUGCAGUGUUGCCAGAACUACAGGCUGACAACACCACUGCCUUCAACCUUACCGACAAUGAUGUCAAGUGGCUGGUAUCGAGCACCGGCCUGGCGGGGAUGGCGGGAAACCUGUGUGCUGGGACGCUGAUGGAGACCUUGGGUCCUCGACGACUGCUGACGGUGCUGCUGCUGCCUGCCACUGUAUUCUGGUUAUUGCAAGCCUUUACCCCGUCUCUGGCCAUGAUAUACGUGGGUCGCCUGGGGGGGUCCAUGCUGGCUAGCAUCAUCACUACUAUCACUUGUCCUCUCCUGGCCGAGCUGUUGGAGCCUGACUACCGUGGUCUGCUGUGCUCCCUGCCAGAACUUAUGGUGUCUGCUGGUCUGCUGCUGGGCUAUCUGCAGGCUCAUCAGCUCUCCUGGCAGGUGGCUACAGCGGUGUCUGCUGUGCCUCUUCUGCCACUCUGUCUGCUGACGCUUGCUGUGCCAGAGUCUCCGUUUUGGUUGGUGCGUCGAGGUCGGAUUCAGGAGGCCGAGAGGUCCUUACGUAAGAUCCGGGGAUCCACCAGAUACAGGCAGAAGGACGAACUGCCUCAGAUACGCAGGAGCAUUCAGGAACAUCCCCAGACCACUGUUAAAGACCAGGUGAAGCAGCUAUGGGCGGCUCAUCACCUCAAGCCGGUGGGGUUGUUGGUGGCGGUUUUCACCCUGAGGGAGCUUGGAGGCCAGUAUGCCGUCUUCUCCUAUACCAUCUACCUCUUCCAGUAUGCGGGUUUGCAUCUCGACGCCUUCACCUGCACUAUCCUGGUGGGUGUGGCUCGUCUUGUGGCCACCGGCGUGUCUGCUAUUUUCUUAGAUAGAAUCGGGCGUCGACCUCUCUUGAUCACUACCAGUGUUGGCUGUGCCGUCUCAGCUGCCAUCGGUGGUGUCUUUCUCCUGGUGGAUAUACAGGGGUCGUCAUGGAUACUUCUGGCUGCCGUCCUGGUAUUCGUUCUGUCCUAUGGGUUGGGUGUUGGUCCCAUACCUUGGGUGUUGCUGGGCGAGCUGCUCCCUACUCCAGUCAGGUCGAUUGGGGCAUCCAUUACCACCUUCUUCUUUGCUUUGAUGUUGUUUCUGGUGGGCUUCGUGUUCCCAGAGUUGGCGAGGUUAGCGGGCACUGGGGGAAGCCUCUUGGUCUUCGCUGCUUUCAACUCUAUUAUGGCGGCAGUUGUGUGGAUCUUCUUGCCAGAGACAGGUGGCUGCUCCCUCCACCAGCUGCAGGGAAUGUUCAGCAUUACACCACCUGUGCGUCCACUACUUGAUGUCACCACCAUAACUGACUCUCAAGAGGAGACACCAAGCUUGGACCAGCCAUCCUAGUGAGCCACACACCCCUCAUCAUCUCUACUAAUAUACAGUACUACUAACCCGCCAUGGUGGUUCAUAUAUCUCACUACAUUAUACCCAUAUAACUAAUCCAUUAUUACUCCAAAUAUUGUAAAGUUAUUAGUAUAAUUUGUGUACUAAUGUCUGUAGAAUUUGUUAAUUAAAAAUACAGACAUUU